GCGCCAGGUGCGGAAAGACUUCCAGCCGCCGCGGCGCAUCCUCAUCUCGCUGGAGCUGCCGUGGGGCGCCGACAAGGCCAUCCAGGUGUUCGGCCGCGUGCACCGCGCCAACCAGCUGGUGCCGCCCCGCUUCGUCAUGCUGUGCACGCCGCUCGGCGGCGAGGUGCGCUUCAUCUCGUCCAUCGCGCGGCGCAUGAAGCUCAUGGGCGCCGUCACCAAGGGAGACCGCCUGACCUGCAUGGGGGGAGAGGCCGACAGGCAGAUGGCGGAGUUUGACGUGAACAACAGAUACGGCGUCAGGGCCCUCCUGACCCUCUACUCGGACACCACGACUGCGCAGGGGACCAUGGCGGAGCUUCUCGGCCUGUACAAGGACCUGCCGUUCAUCGGUGACGCGGGCGAAGGCGAAGCCACCGGCCGGUGGCGCACCUGGGAGGACUUCCGCGGGGCGGUGAGCCAGGCAUGGAGGGACAUGCAACUGCACGCGGAAUUCCAUACCGAGGCGGAGAAGCUUGCUGAGCAGGAGGCAAAAGGGGCCUCCAAUCUUGCAAGGAUGAGGGUGUCGUCACUCGUCACGCGCUUCCUCAACCGCAUACUGAUGCUCGACGUGGACCUCCAGAAUGCAAUCUUUGAAGCUUUCUUCGCCAUCUACACGGAGCUCGUCCGGGUCGAGAAGGCGAACGGGUCUUACGACGACGGCAUUCAGAACCUGAACGAACACCAGGGCCGCAGGAUCAAGGCGGUCGCGGCCAAAAUGAAGCUGACGCCCUUGGUCUGGGAGGCCGACGGCACGUCCAAUUUCGUGGGUGGUCACGAUGGUGAGACGCCGUGUUUCCAGAGCGUCAGCUCGGUCGUCGCACACGAACGCGUUGCCAAGGCCAUGUGCAGCGAUGUCCCGAGGACGCUCAUUAGAAUAAUCCCGGACUCUCCGCGCUCGUGCUGGUAUAUGUGCUUCAGACGCCACGGGAUGACGCAACACAGCGAUGUGAACUUAUGGAUCAGGCCGGGGACGGAUAGCCUGAAACAUGGAUGUUUCAACCUGAGGAACAAGCACAAGAAAUCGCCGUCGCAGCAGACCGAGGCCAUCGAGGUCGCCAAGGAAGCGGAGCCCGCGAAAUACAAGGACGGUCCAGUGGUACCGAACGUCGAGUUGAAGAAAACCCACCGGUGCGUGAGCCACAGGCGGGGCCGCAAAAGGGCGGAGAAGAGCACGGCAACGACGCGUGGGAAGACGGCGGAGAUGGUCGACUUUGGCCACGGGGCCCCGAAGCUGGAGGGCACCCUUGCUGUCCGGAGGACGGCUAAUCUGGUGUCCGUCAUCAAUGCCACGAGAGGGGACGAUAUCAAGCUGGACAGACUUGCUCAGGGACUUGCAUCGCGGCUUUUCCAGGGCAAGUUCACGGGCAACUAUCGCGCCUUCCGCCCGCCCGAGAUCUGCGCCAUACUGGGCGAAGCGGAGCGCAAAAGGGUGACCAAUUAUCUGCUCCCGUUCUUCUGCAUCUCGAACUCCGCGGGCGAGCUCCAGACAGCCAAGACGGGCAAGAAGAAGGGGGCCCUGGGCGCGUUGAGCGUAGCGGUCGCCUCGUGUCCGGGAGCAGGGCGGCGUGAGAAAGCUGGGGAGGUCCUUGGCUUCGAGAUGCUCGAAGACAACCGAGAGAGGUGGGCGCGGGGCGUGGGGGAGGUUCGGCCCGGGGCCGGCGACCAGGGGGGCGCCCGCAGCGCCCGAGGCGCGGGCGAGAAGGGGGCGCGGCCGAUGGCGGACGAGAGCGAGAAGAGGGCGACGAAGAGGCGCGAGGGCGAGCUGCGGUUUAUCGGGGACUUCGAAGACCGGGGGCGCGGGCAGCUGUCGGGUGGGGGGGCAGGGUGUGGCAGCUCAGUGCGCUGCGCGAGAAGCAUCGAUGCAGCGAUCCAGCAGCGCGGCACCCUGCGGGGCGAGGACGUGGCCCGCUGGGCCAGCCGCGGCCCUGCGGGCGCCGCGUGCAGGGCGGGGGCCAUGGCCCCCUGGCAGCCGGGGCAGCCGAGUAUGGCCAGAGGCCGCCUCUCGAGCGGCGGGCAAGCACUGGCGACCAUCGAGGAUGGCCUGCUAGCCCCGCGGCGCGGCGAGCAUGCGGUGCUGGGAGUCUGUGGCUUCCGCAGCUGCUCGGCGGAGGUCAGCAAGGUGCUUCGAGGCCGCUGCCUCGGCCCGCGCCCGGCGGGCGCCCGUGGCAAGCGGGCCCCCGAGCAGGUCGUGGUGGUCGAGGGCCGGGGCGUGACGGAGGCGCCGCCGAGGGUGUUCGUGGACCAGACGGCCUGA